AUGGAACUUAUGUGUCUAGAAGAUGGUAGUUUCAAAACAACCUCCCCCGACUCCUCAGUUCAACCUAGUUUCGCCACAGCCAUUCGGGCCUGCUGCGACCCGAGCCUGCUUGAGGAUAGCCGAACUCUGCAGAACCUUUUGGCCCUGGAGAGGAGACACUGGGCCUCACAGUCUUACUUUGGCACAGUUCAGACAGACAUUCAGCCUUACAUGAGGAGAAUAUUGGCGGUAUGGAUGUUGCAGGUCUGUGAAGAGCAGAAAUGCGAAGAGGAGGUGUUCCCAUUGGCUAUUUACUAUCUGGAUCGUUACUUGGGCCGUUUCCCUGUGCAGAAGACGCACUUGCAACUCCUGGGCGCAGUCUGCAUGUUCCUGGCCUCCAAACUACGGGAGACAGUUCACCUGAGCGCCAAUAAACUGUGCAUCUACACGGACAGUUCCAUCACUGUCUCUGAGCUUUUGCAGUGGGAGCUGGUGGUGGUGUCCCGACUGGAGUGGGACCUGGCGUCAGUGCUGCCGUCCGACUUCCUAGAGCCCAUCCUGCAGCGGCUACCCAGCAUGCCUCUCAACACCUUGCGCAGACACACCCACUCCUACGUUGCCCUGGCAGCCACAGAGUUGAGGUUUUCCAUGUUCCUGCCCUCCAUGAUCGCUAGUGCCUGCUUGGUGGCCGCUAUUCGCCGGCUCAAGAUCCUGGACACGCCCCUCUCCUGUGGUUCGCUGAUGGACCUGCUCGCCAACAUCUUGGACACUGAUGUGGGCUGCAUCCACUCCUGUUUAGACCAGCUGGAGGUGAUGCUGGAGCUCAGUCUGCCCCCCUGCUCUGAGGCCAUGGGACCCUGUCUUCCUGGGACCCCUGGCCUAGACGUCCAGGCUGUACACCCCUGGGCCUGCACCCCCACCGACGUCCAGGACAUCCAGCUCUCCCCCAGGGCCCCUUCCUUCAGUGGGUCGAGAAGUUCAGACAGGUCCCUGUCCGAAUGA